GUCUGGAUUUAUCUUUCUUAUUGUUUUUAGGAUAUAAUCAAAACAAACAAAAGAGAAGGAAGAGAACAAAAGAGAUCUGGGUUUAUUACAAAACCAGAUCUUUUGCUCUGUUCCAGUUCUCCGACAAUGAACGACCUCUUAAAGGGCUCGUUAGAGUUUUCCAGGGAUCGCUCUAAUAGAAGCGAUAUUGAGUCAGGACAUGGCCCAGGUAACUCUGGAGAUCUCGGCCUCUCUGGUUUCUUCAAAAAGGUCCAAGAAAUCGAAAAGCAAUAUGAGAAGCUUGACAAGCAUCUUAAGAAGCUUCAGAGGGCACACGAGGAGACUAAAGCCGUCACUAAGGCUCCCGCGAUGAAAUCAAUCAAACAGAGGAUGGAGAGAGAUGUUGAUGAAGUAGGAAGAAUUUCUCGAUUUAUUAAAGGAAAGAUCGAAGAACUGGAUCGAGAGAAUUUGGAGAACCGGACUAAACCGGGCUGUGGGAAAGGAACAGGUGUAGACAGAACAAGAACAGCCACAACUAUUGCGGUGAAGAAGAAAUUUAAGGAGAAGAUAUCAGAAUUCCAAACUCUAAGACAGAACAUUCAACAAGAAUACAGAGAAGUUGUAGAGAGGCGUGUGUUUACAGUGACUGGCCAACGAGCAGAUGAAGAGACAGUUGAUAGAUUGAUUGAAACUGGAGACAGUGAGCAGAUUUUCCAGAAAGCAAUCAGGGAGCAAGGAAGAGGCCAGAUAAUGGAUACACUGGCUGAGAUUCAGGAACGUCAUGACGCUGUCAGAGAUUUGGAGAAGAAACUCCUUGACCUGCAACAGGUGUUUCUCGAUAUGGCCGUGCUGGUGGAUGCACAGGGAGAGAUGUUAGACAACAUAGAGAAUAUGGUCUCGAGCGCUGUGGAUCAUGUUCAAUCCGGGAACAACCACCUAACAAAGGCAGUAAAAAGCCAGAAAAGUUCAAGAAAAUGGAUGUGCAUUGCCAUCCUUAUUCUUCUUAUCAUCAUUAUCAUUACUGUUAUCUCUGUUAUCAAACCAUGGACACAGAAAAAUGGUGCCUAAGGUUCUUCUUCUCUCUGCCCUGCUUCUGGAGCUUCUGUAUACAACAGUAUAUAUACAUACCUGUAUCACCAAAUCUCAAACUAUUGACUUUCCACUAUCACUAAAUAGAUGAUGUAUUCUUUUGAUCGGAUCAAUGAAUUAACUAUUUUCAAAGAA